AUGGCCAACUUACCAAAAGCAUUUUUAAGGAUGGAAAUGAGACAAAUGCAGAAAUCAAAUCCAGUAAAAUCUCCUUUCAACCUCACCAAUUCCAGCAGUGAGAAAACAGCUCGGAAGAUUCUUGAUUUAACCACUGGCAGAUCCUUAAACAAUAAUCCUUCUGUACUUGCAGUACAACUACAGCAAACUAAACAGAACUGUUCCAGUGAGCAAUAUGACACCAAUGGUAUCUGUUGUCCCCUUUGUAAGCCUGGUUCUGUUGUCAAAUCACCAGAUUGCACAAGGAAUCCUAAAGCCAAUUGCAAGCCUUGCACAGAGGGCGAAGAUUAUAUGGACAGUGACAAUUAUAUAACUAAAUGCCGACGAUGUAGUUUAUGUGACACAGUACACGGGAUGGAGACUGAAACAAAUUGUACCAUCACCCAGAAUGUAAAAUGUAGGUGUAGGAUUGGUUUCUUUUGCAAUUCAACUAAGCCUUGCCGCCACUGUGAGAAAUGUGAUGAGUGUAAAAGUGGCAUCAUUGCAAAAGAGUGCACCCGAACACAAAACACGGUUUGUGGGGAAAAACAAGAUAACACAAAAGGUGAUUUGUGGUGGCUUUGCUUAAUUCUGCCUUUUGUUGCAUUGACUGUGGGAUCGAUUUUAUAUUGGUACUAUCGUGCAAGGUGCAGAGGUCAAAUGAGGCUAAAUAUUCCAAAUCAAAAUGGCCAUAACCAUGAAUCACAUGUCCAGAUGAUAAUCAAGUAUCCAGAUAUGAACCUGAAGCCUUUCAUUCCUGAAAUUGUAUGUGAUAUGGAAGUGAACCAAGUUAAAAAGCUUGUUCGGAAAUUGGGUAUUAGUACGCCUCAGAUUGAUGGGAUCAUCUAUGAUAAUUUGUACGAUUCUUCUGAACAAAAAAUAAAACUACUGGAACAUUGGCACCAAACGCACGGGCUAAAAGGUUCUUGUCAGACUUUAAUCACCAGUCUGAGAGAACUUAAAUUUAAUGAUGCGGCUGAUAAAGUUACUCAAAUAAUUGAGAAAGAGUGCAGCCACCCAGAAGAUUAAAAGAGAUUGGAUUGACAUGGCAUAUUUCGGCAUGCAUAACAUCAGUAACAAGACUAGUUGAUACAGCAAUGUUCCUGAUAAGCGUCCUUCAAAAACUACACUAAUACUACCUCAGGAGUUCUUUGCCAAGUGCAGUAUCGCUGCUUUACAUAAGAACAUAAGACAUUACACAAUUCAUGAAGGACUCCUUCGAAGUAUGACGUGGUGUUUGGGCAAACAAAACAACCACCAAUUAUAAUUUUUAUCUGGAUGCACAUUGAUCACGUUUCAGCAGGUGGCAGCAUCUGAUUACAGUAUCAAGUCUGGGUUCAGAAUCUACGUACAAAGAUAGAAGAUCUCCAAUGAUAUAGACCAGGGGUCUCCAUUCUUGGCAACUUUAACAGAUUAACAGAGUUGGAAGGGAUCUUGUAGGUCAU